CUUCUUAAAAUCAUUGAAAACUUUAUAGUUACUUUCAAAAACUAAAAUAAAAUAGGUACUCAUCAACAUGGCAUCAAAUAAUCAGUUUGUAACAUUUAAUAAUGGUGAAAAGUAUCCAAUUUUAGGAUUUGGAACAUGGAAGUCAAAACCCGGUGAAGUUGAAGAAGCAGUGAAAAUUGCGAUUGAUACAGGUUACAGACAUUUUGAUUGUGCAAUGUUUUAUGGAAAUGAAAAAGAAAUAGGAGAUGCUAUUAAUCAGAAAAUUGAUGAAGGUGUAUUAGUUCGUGAAGAUUUGUUCAUUACUAGUAAAUUAUGGAAUAUUUUUCAUCAACCUGAUAUUGUUGAAACAGUGUUAAAAAAAACUUUAUCAGAUUUACAAGUUGAAUAUUUGGAUUUGUACUUGAUUCACUGGCCUAUGGCUUUCAAAGAGGGCGGAUUAAAUGAUGAUUUUAUUCCCAAAGACGAUAAUGGUGCCACAAUUGAAGGUAAUGGUUCAUACAUUGAUACAUGGAAAGCUAUGGAAAAAUUGGUAGAAAACGGUCUAACAAAAUCAAUAGGUGUAUCUAAUUUUAACAAAAAUCAAAUACAACAAAUAUUAGAAGUAGCUGCUAUAAAACCGGUUAACAAUCAAGUUGAAUGCCAUCCUUAUUUAACCCAAAAAAAAUUGAAAGAAUUUUGUGACGAACAUGAUAUAAUAUUAACUGCAUAUAGUCCACUAGGAAGUCCAGAUAAUCCAUGGAAAAAACCUGAAGACCCAACUCUCUUAGAAGAUCCUAAAAUUAUGGCCAUCGCAGAAAAAUAUAAUAAAACUUCAGCUCAGAUAUUAAUAAAAUAUCAAAUUCAAAGAGGAAUCAUGGUUAUUCCGAAGUCUGUAACUAAGAGUCGUAUUGAAUCCAACUUUGAAGUAUGGGACUUUGAACUUGAACAAGAGGAUAUUGAUCAAAUCGAUACAUUUGAUUGCAAUGGUCGCUUCGUACACAUGAAAGGGAACAUGCAUUUUAAGGAUUAUCCAUUCAAUGAUGCUUAUUAAAUUAACAGUAACUCGGUAUUUUAUAAGAUACACAUAAACACAUUUUAUCACUAUAAUAGGUAUAACUAUAAUUAAUAGUUUAGUUUAAAUACUUUCUAAUAUCUUACUUAA